CACGUGUGUGAGAGGAAUUAAAAGGGGAAAAAUGAAGAUAAAAAUCAAUAAUAAAAAUGACAAACAAAACAAAGAUUCUUAACUAUAUGAGACCAGCAAUGGCUAUCAUUCCAGAUGUUGCAGAGCCAGAAAGAAGAGUAUAAAAAUAAAUAUGAAAUUUAGAUAUUAUUUAAAUAUAGAGCAUUAUGGACAGCCAUAGCAACAUUGUUAUAUUUGAUUUGUUCAUAGAUUCCUCUUUAUGGAAUUUACAAAUCAUCAGCAGGUGAUCCAUUUUAUUGGAUGAGAGUGAUAUUGGCAUCUAAUAGAGGUACUUUAAUGGAAUUGGGUAUUUCUCCAAUGGUCACAGCAUCAAUGAUUAUGUAACUGUUGGCAGGUGCAAAAUUAAUAGAUGUUGAUUAAAAUGUAAAGGAAGAUAAAUAACUGUAUUCAGGAGCAUAAAAAUGUAUAAAUUAUUAUCUAAUUUAUAGUGUUAGGAAUUCUGAUAGCAUUUGGUGAAGCUUUUGCAUAUGUAUGGUCAGGAAUGUAUGGUGAUUUGGAUAAAUUGGGUGCUGGAAAUGCAAUUUUAAUAAUAAUAUAAUUGGUAUUUUCAGCAAUUGUUAUGAUAAUGAUUGAUGAAUUAUUAUCAAAAGGAUAUGGAAUUGGAAAUUCAGGAACAUCAUUAUUUAUAGCUAUAAAUAUUUGUGAGAAUAUAAUGUGGAAAGCAUUUUCACCUAUUACUCAUAAAACUGAAUUGGGAUUAGAAUAUGAAGGUGCUGUAAUAGCUUUAUUACAUGGUUUAUUCAUUCAAAGUGAUAAAAUAAGUGCCCUUUAAUCAGCUAUUUUAAGAGACUCAUUACCAAACUUAACUAAUUUAUUAGCAACAGUAUUAGUGUUUUUGAUUGUCAUUUAUUUCUAAGGAUUUAAAGUUGAUAUUCCAAUAAAAAAUAAUAAAGUAAGAGGAGGAUUAACAUCAUAUCCAAUUAAAUUAUUCUACACUUCCAAUAUUCCAAUUAUUCUCUAAACUGCAUUAGUUUCAAACCUUUAUUUCCUCUCUUAAAUCCUAUAUAGAAAUUUUAAAGGAAACUUUUUAAUUAGAUUAUUAGGAUAUUGGUAAGAAUUAGAAAAUGGACAAACAGUUCCAGUUGGAGGAUUAGUUUAUUAUGUAUCACCUCCAAGAUCAAUAUCAGAAGCAAUAUUUGAUCCUAUCCACACAAUUUUAUAUACUGCAUUUAUUCUUGGUACUUGUGCUUUAUUCUCAAAAACUUGGAUUGAUGUCUCAGGAUCUUCACCAAAAGAUGUAUUAUUCGUUUUAUUAUUUUUAGGUUGCCAAAUAACUUAAAGAAUAAGACAUGUAAAUAGUUGGAUACAGAGAUUCUUCUAUGAAAGAAGUAUUAAAGAGAUAUAUACCAAUUGCUGCUUCAUUUGGAGGUAUGUGUAUUGGAGCACUUACAAUUCUUGCUGAUUUCUUGGGUGCUAUUGGUUCAGGUAAUAAUUAUUAUUAAUUUCUCAAGGAACUGGUAUUUUAUUAUCUGUAACCAUCAUCUAUGGAUAUUUUGAAACCUUAAAGAAAGAAAAAGAAUAAGGUACAUUAGAGUUGUUUUGAUAUUAUUAAAUAUUUUUUUAAGUACAUAACAUUUAUGACGCAG